CCUUUCCCCUUCUCUCUUUUCUGGGAAUCUGGGAAUUGGAUUAGGCAAAACUCCUCCAUCCCAGCUGCCAAACAAACGGAAAUUCAAACCCCCAAACAAACAAACCCCCUCGCAAUCCAGUCUGAUAUGCAAGCGGUAUCCGGAGCUCUGAAGAACUCGCUCACAGCAUGUUGAGCUCCACUUGCUCUCACUCCCUUAUCCGCCGCCCUUUCCUCCAUUCCUCCGCCCCCGGAGCUAGGCUUCCGACCCGACCCGGAGCUUUGCAUCCAAUUUCCCGGAGUUUUAGGAUCUUCGAAUCUCAAUCCAGACCCUCCAAUACGAGGUGGACUAGAAUUUCAUGCUUUAGGCAAGAGGAGUUCUCUUCAGAUACACCGAAAUCGGAAUGUAUUGAACACUUGCUGCCCGAGGAAGUUGUCAAGUCCGAGUUUGAUGAUUCUAAGGUGGUUAAAAGGGAUUGGGGAGUAACUCUUCGAGAGGCUGCAGAUGCAGUGUCUAGAGCAAUUGGGAGUCGUUGGAGUGUGCCUUGGUCAGCAGAGACCAUAUUGCAGGUCAUGCUACUAUGGGUUGCUGCUUUUUGCUUCAUAGGUUCUUGGAUGGUUCCAUUUGCAGCUCACGUGGCAGGUUUCAGCAGGGAAUCAUUAACGAAUAGAGGACAAGCCUUAUUUAGCCUGGUAACUGAUGCAACUGAAGGUCUUGUUGGAAUUACGAUAAUUUGUCGCUGCUUAUCUCGUUUUCGCCCUCUUCCUCCGGAUUGGUUUAAAUUUAGCUUGAAAGGGACAUGGCAGUUGGAUGUUGCUCUUGGAUGCCUUAUGUUUCCCCUGGUCAAUCGGCUCUCACAGUUCAACCUUAGUCUGCUCCCUCUUUUGCCGUCCACCCCUGUCACAAUAUCAAGUGUUGAGCAAGCAAUUAUGGCACGCGAUCCAGUGGCAAUGACAAUGUAUGCAGUAGUAGUUUCAGUGUGUGCUCCCAUGUGGGAGGAGAUACUCUUCAGGGGUUUCUUGCUGCCUUCCUUAACCAAGUACAUGCCCGUAUGGUCUGCAGUAUUGGUGAGCUCGGUUGUAUUUGCUUUAGCACAUUGGAAUGUACAGAGGAUUCUACCACUUAUUUUCCUUGGGGUGGUGAUGGGCGUUGUAUUUGCACGGUCAAGGAAUCUAUUACCAUCGAUGCUCUUGCACAGUCUUUGGAAUGGCUUCGUAUUUUUAGAUUUAAUGAAAUAAUCACAAGAAAUGUACUUUGGGAGUCAUUCAUCGGUGGCGAAUCCCAUUUUAACAGAAGCAUCUAUCCAGAUCUGCGGUUUGCAUUCCCUUCGGAGGUUAGAGGCUACAGGACUAGCUGCUUGCUUUCUCUAAGCGAUGAUGUUGAUUAAGAAAAUUUCAGCAGAAUGCAGUUGAAGUCCACUAAAUUAACGUAGUUAAGUCGCAGAGGUUGACCAUCGAAUUCAAGUCCGUCCAACGUCGAGAAGGUCAGCAUUAUACCUUGUUCAUAUGUAAGAUGUAUAACCAAGGGUAAAAGAAAGAAAGAAUGAAGAAAAUUUGGGAAAGAAGAUGUUCCAAGACAGCAAGCAAAGCAAAGCAGGCUCUUGUAGUUUUGUUGGAUUGUUUUGUCUGAUAUUUUUUUUUCCUUCUUAUUUUUCAUUUCUCUUCCCCACUGGCCUGUAGAUUAGACACUAUUGAUUUAUAAAGAAGCUAUCAUAAACCCCCCA